AUGCCCCACUCCACUCAGAAGCCGGAGUCCGUUGAGGCUUAUGUCAACUAUCACCAACCGCCGCCUAAGGGCGAGGCAUUCCCUGUUCAAAUGAUCGCUACUGUGGGCUUUCAGCGUACCAAGUAUAAUCGACAACUCGUUCCGGUUACAGACAUGCGCACAUGCGACGAAGAGUUCAGUCUCGACACCCAGGGCUUCAAGGUUGUCGAGAGCACUGUUCAGGAGAGGGGCUGGGAGGGCGACUACAGAUUUGGUCUCCCUGACCAGCUUCGGAAGGAUGUUCAAGAGCUCUUGAUGAGACACUCGGGCGCAACAUACGUGCACCCAUUUGCCCCUCAUGUCAUACGUCGUGAUCCUCAUGAGAAGAUUCUCAACAUUCCGGAGGACCUUCCUGACUCUCAGGUCCUGAACAUGCAGCCACCCGCAAUGUUCAUUCACGUCGAUCAAUCAUACAAAGGUGCAGAGGUGGUGCUCGAUCGGCUUCCCGAAGCAGAGAUGCUUCGUACCAAGACCAAGACCCGGUGGGGAAUUAUCAACGUCUGGCAUCCACUGAAGCUGGUUCAACGUGAACCGCUGGCGGUCUGUGAUGCGCGAAGCGUCGAAGAGCCUGAUCUUCGCCCGGUCACCACGCGCAUCGUCCUGGGCAAGCCGCCCAACACCAUUAAUAAGGACAACGAGCAAUGGCAUAUGGUGGCGAGCCCGCAGCAUAAAUGGUAUUACGCCAGCAACAUGACCCCGGACGAGGCGCUCUUGAUCAAGAUAUUCGAUACCAAGCUGGAUGGUAGAGCCAGACGGGUGCCGCACACCGCAAUUCAGACACCAAAGGAUGUUGGGCCACCACGGGAGAGUAUUGAGAUCAGGUGCCUUGUAUUCUGGGAGGACCAGGAAUUGGAGUAG